AUGAAUUGCCACAUAGUGACCCGAACCAUCCCGUUAAUAGUCAGGAAUGUGGCCCAAUCGGAAAAAAAGGAUGACGUAACAUAUAAUACCAUUAGGGGUGGCGUUUCACAGCAGACCGACGAUGCAUUCUGGAACGCUCCUGAUACAUUAGCUGCACUUGAUGAGGUUAUGAAUGCAAUUGAACAGCGGGACUGCUUCAAGAGGAUGCACAAUGAGGGGCCCAGUUACAGCUUGGGGUUGGGUUUGACUCCAGAUUAUGUUGUUGCCGCCGACGAUGUUGAUGAUGGCGCGCGUCAGCGUACGAGUGUGGAUAGAGAUAAAAACAUAGCUGGGACGUCACUUACUGUGGAUUCGCAAAGAGAUAAGGGCAAGCGCAAAAUUGAUGAUACCGACAUUAUAGUCAAACAUUCUGUUGAUGAGGCUUCUGACGUUGAUGUGGAAAGUGAUGACGACGAAGUGUUUCCGAGUGUGUCUACGAGGACUUCAGCCGGUACGUUUGUCAAGGCGAUUUCCGGUCUGUCAAAUGUCAAGAAGAAUGCAGUCCGUGAAAUGGGCUUCGGACGUUUGUUGGAGUUGUCCAUAACUACAACGCCGUUGAAGAUGGGUUUUUGGUUGGUAAACAACUUCAACCACCUGGACCGGAAGCUCCAAUUGUACGAUGGGGAGAAAGUGCACGUCAAGAAAGAAGAUGUAUAUGCUGUGUUUGGGUUGCCUCGUGGAGAGCUCGAGGUUAAUAAUAAGAAGAAGCGAGUUACAUCAAAUAUGUUGGAUGAGUGGAUCGCUCUCUUCGAUGUUAGAAGGCCGUCGAACAUUACGGUGUCGAAGGUCUUGGAUAAGAUCAACGAAUGCGAUGAUGGUGGUGUUUGGUUCAAGCGCCAUUUCAUAGUCCUUAUGUUAUUCUACGUGGACAAGGAAGUGUUGUCCGUGAGAUCGGUCCCGAGGAGGUUCCCGACGUUCAGCUCCUGGAGUAACGAGGCCUUAAGAAACAGAGAAUGUGACGAGAUCGCUUCGAUGCCUUCGGGAGAGGUUUCGUGGAUGCAGACGCUCUCGAUACCCACCAGCAUGAUAAAAUGUGUACGAACUCUGACGACGUCAUAG